AUGCAGAUUCUUACACUCUCUAUAUUCUCGUUCUUUGCUUUCGCUGAUGCGUUACCUGUUCACUUUCCGAACCACACUUCCUCACGACUUUUUACUCGAGCAAGCUCGACAGUGUCUGCGACUUCAUCAUCUAAUAAUGCGUCGACAUUGAACAACAAAUACGUCGUUGCUCACCACAUGGUUGGGAACACUUUUCCAUAUACUUCUCAAGACUGGCUCAACGACAUUAAACUGGCCCAUUCUUCUGGCAUAGACGGCUUUGCACUCAACAUGGGUAUUGAUGAUUGGCAACCGGCGAGGGUGGCAGACGCCUACGCGGCUGCCCAAACCUCAUCUCUGGAUUUCAAGAUGUUUCUUUCUCUGGAUAUGUCCAUUCUUCCUUGCUCGACCGCAAAUGAUGCUGCUUCUUUGCGGACUCUUGUCACCACGUAUCUUUCUCAUCCAAACCAGCUUCGAUACACGCGCGGAUCGUCUGAGCAGCUCCCCCUUGUGUCCACCUUUGCCGGCGAAUCGUGCAAAUUUGGCCAAGCCUCAGUCGUCGAUGGCUGGCGCUCUCAGUUUACACAACAUCCUGACUUACAGGGCAAGAUGACUUUUGUCCCAUCCUUCUUUGUCGCUCCGAAUCAGAUGUCCCAGUUUCAGGGAGUUGUAGACGGGACCUUCAACUGGAACGGCGGAUGGCCAGUCGAGCUAACAACUGAUUCCACUGGUUCAUCCUCCAACUCCCUCUCUUCGACUCUCAAGAACCUUCUGGGGGUCAACACCACUACAAACGCGAUUGGGAAGUUCUCCAAUCUCCUCGGUACAGGCGAAACUUCUUCGUCUUCGGACACAGCAUCUGGAUUAUUGAGUCUUGAGGAUGCGCUAAGCAAUUUCAUCGGCUCGACUGAUUCGGACAGCCAAUUUCUUAACGCAUCUAUUGGGAACACAUCGAACAAUGUCUACAUAGCUGCGGUCUCUCCUUGGUUCUUUACUCAUUUCGGCAAAAAUUCUUUUAAUAAAAAUUUCCUUUAUCUUGCAGACCAGCAUCUUUAUUCUAAACGCUGGGAAUCCCUUAUUCCUGCUCAGCAAGUAGAUAUUGUGGAAAUAAUCUCGUGGAAUGAUUAUGGAGAGUCACAUUACGUGGGUCCGAUCGAAGGCGCUUUACCUACCGGGAGUGAAGUAUGGACCGAUGGGAUGAACCAUACUGCUUGGCUUUCUCUAACAUCAUAUUACGCCUCUGCUUUCAAAGCUGGUACAUAUCCUUCUGUAUCCUCCAACGAGGAACGUGUCGUGGUGUGGUCUCGUACGCAUCCCGCUUCUGCUGACGCGACGUCAGAUACUGUUGGCAGCGUACCAGGUAGCGAACUGGUUUUAGACGCCAUGUGGGCCGUCACUCUUCUAUCUCAACCCGCCAACGUCACUCUGCAAAUUAUCCCAUCCUCUUCUAACUCCUCCACGGACUCACCACUCGCUCAACAGUCAUUUUCUGUUCCUGCUGGCCUUAGUAAGCUCACCAUCCCAAUUUCGGUCCCGGACACAAUGGACAGUGUAAGCAUGCGCACUGUGGUUGAGCGUGAAAACGAUACCGUAAUGGAUCUGAACGCGGCUUACAUGGGUUUUGCAUUUGUCAAAACACCACAACAAUUCAACUUCAAUGCUUGGGUGGGAUGUGCGGGUGAUGGAUGUGUGGUUUGA